AACAAUUCCAAGUAUAAUUAAUAAAGCAAAAAGUUAUAAAAAAUGGAUAAAUCAAUUUUGAUGCAAAAGCAGAUAAAGGAUAAUGCAGAAGAUUUACAAAAAGAAUUUCUUGAUAUGAAAAAUUGGGAAGAGCAAAUGAAACAUAAAGAUGAAGAAAUAAGGAAAGAAGGAAGUGAUCAGGUGACUUUACCACCAAUAAGAAAUAAGCAUAAAAAUAGAAUAAAAAAUGAUUCCACAAAAAAAAAUGAAAUUGAUAAUAAACCAAAAAGAAUUAAAGCAUAUGAUUAUUCCACCUGGGAUAAAUUUGAUGCAGAUGAAGCAUGUAAAGAAAUAGAUACAAAAGAACAGUCAGAUUCUGAAGGUGAAUCUAUGUCUAAAGAAGAAUUAGAAAAAGCACACAAAGAAGCGACGAAACAUAGAAAUGAAGGCAAUAUUUUUGUGCAGCAACAGAAAUGGGUUAAAGCAGUUGGCUGCUAUAAUGAAGCUAUAAAACUAUUUCCAUUUGAUGCAGUAUUUUAUGCCAAUCGUGCGCUCUGUCAGUUGAAAUUAGACAAUUUAUAUUCUGCUGAAUCCGAUUGUACUGCUGCAAUACAAUUAGAUGAUGUUUAUGUAAAAGCUUAUUAUAGAAGAGCAACAGCCAGAAUGAAUUUAAAACAAUAUAAAGAAGCUAAACAAGACAUAGAAAAAGUUUUAGAAUUAGAACCCUCUAAUAAGGGAGCCAAGUUAUUACUUAAUAAAAUUGAAAGCAAGAUUAUAUGUCCAAAGACAAGCAAUAUAGUGAAGGAACAUGCAAAACAAUCAUUUAAAAAAUUAUCAAUUGAACAAAAAAUUGGUGAAAAAAUAUGGAACAGUACUACAUCGAAUGUACAAGAAAUGGACACUAACAAUAUUAAAGACAUUACACAUACAGAAGAAAAUAUAGAUAUCAGAAAUAUUACAAAUAUUAAAAAUAGUACAGAAGUUAAAGAAAAUAAUGUGACUGAUACUGCUGUAGAGAAGAAAAGAGAUCCACGUAUUCCAGAUUGGUUACCAGAGAAAGAUGAUGUUAUUGUAAUUGAACCAAUUGAAAAACCUCCUCAUUUACGCUCAAAGCAAUCAUUGACAAAAAUACCUAUUCAAGAAGUAGACUUUGAUAUCAAUUAUUGUGACUAUGUUGAUGAUAAAACAGAAACAAUAUGUAGUAAUAAUGAGCCUAUACAAACAGAAGAAACUCAUAAAGAUAGCAAUGUUAUGAAAAAUGAUAGUUCUAUUUCUGUUCCUGAAUCUUCAAAAGUUAUUAAUAUUAUAUCUCCAAUUCCUAAGACAGCUGUUCAAUUUGUAACAAAUUGGAAAACAAAUAAUUCAUCAGAAUUUAGAUAUAAAUAUCUAAAGCAAUUACCAGAGGACACUUUACCUAAAAUAUUCCAAGAUUCAAUGGAAUCCGAUAUCUUUAGUCAAAUAAUAGAAGUUUUGAGAAUAGAGUUCAUAAAAAGGAAAGAUCCAAUAUACUAUUAUUUGAAGGAUCUUAGUCAAGUCAAGAGAUUUAGAGCACUUAUUAUGUUUAUUAACAGCAGUGAUAAAGAAAGUUUAAGAGUACUUUUUGAAUAUUGCAAAACAGUUGAAAACGUGCCUCAAGAUAAAAUUUUAGUUUUACGAGAUAAAUAUGAAAUUUAA